GAGCCCCUUUCUCGCAGUCAUUCUCGACAACACCCGUGCUGCGUACAGUUUUAGUUAAUAUUAUAAAUAAAAUAUCCGAGAUGUCCCAGCAGAACGCGGAGAAGGUCGUCGACGACGAGCAGUGCGUGCGCUGUUCGCACUGCAUGAAGGUGGUGCGCUGCUCCCGCUACGACACCGCUGGCCUCAUCCGCCACAUCGAGCUGGAGCACCCGGACCUGUUCGCGGACGCCAGUGCCAAGAUCAGGCACAUCCGAUGGCUGCUGUCCUCAGGACGUGGGUCCAGCGGCAGCGGCGGCAGCAUGACGCAGACCGGAAGGAUUUCGAAUCUUUCGGAUGCCCACACUGCUGAUGGAGGGGAGUGCGAUAAAGUCAAGAAGAGGAACUCAGCGGACGCCGCGACUCGAAAGCCGCCGACUUCCACGGUCAAUUUAGGUGCCAGAAAGCCUCAGCCGGGUCCCUGCUCCCAGAACCAGGCCGGCAGAAAGCCCAAGGAUAACCCGUGUGGCACACCAAAGGAUCUGUCGAGGAACAAGAACCACUCGUACCCGAAGACCAAGGACCACUCCAGUCCAGCGACCAAGACCCUGCCGUGUCCAAGGACUGCCCCCUGCUGCAUCUCCGUGGAGGAGUUGAGGCUGAUCCGUCAGGCGUCCUUCAAGGCCUCCGUGAACAAGUGGUGUGCCUACGAGGGCAUUCUCUCCUGCCCGGCCUGCGGCUUCAUGCGGCGUCCGGUGAUCAAGAGGGCCGCCGAGGUGGACUCCGGCCGGUGCUCCUGGCUGAAGUGCCUCUUUCCGUGCCUCGCUCGCCCCGACGAGGGCAAGUACCUCUACUGCGCCAAGUGCAUGACCUUUCUGGGCGUCUACACUCGCAAAAGCAACAGCCUCACGCCGAACAAGGAAUAUGCCUAGAGGCCAAGAACUGAGUUUUCCAGUUUAUUCAUUCCAAAUUUUUCGUUGCCAAAACCAAUUUAGUGCUUUAUUCCCCGACAAAUUUAAUGGAUAUAGUAAUUCUUGGUAAGGAGUGUCACAGAAUUCGAUUGUGUUUGCCUCAACUGCAAGGCACGAGCCCAGUUAUUGUAUAGUUUCUUUGAAAUAUAUGUUUGCAUGCCUCAAAAAAAUAAAUGUAUGCUAAAAAA